ACCACCUCAUUGGGCAAUCCAUGCUCCAAACAUUUCCACGACAGUGACUACAUCCCCGCCCAAAUUAUGCUCCGCAAUACGCACAAACCCUAACCUCAUCUUCUUCCUUUUUUCCUCACACUUCUCUACAGCCUCAAUCGUCAUCUGUCAUGGCCACCAACGUCAUCGUCGCUGCCGCCACCUCCACGAUGAUGCUAGGCACAAAAUCCACUCCCACCCCUCCCAAGCUCACAACUGCCACUGCGACAAAACCCACCCCGGCCUUCCUCUCCCUUCAAAACCUCCCAAAAGGCCUUGCCUUUGCCUCCCAGCAACCACCCUUUCUCCCAUCCCUCACCUCCUCUGCCAUCGCUGCUGCGGUAUUCUCCUCCCUAAGCUCAGCCGACGCCGCCCUUGCAGUGCAACAGAUCGCCGACAUUGCCGAUGGCGACAGCCGUGGCAUUGCUCUCCUGAUUCCCAUAGUUCCGGCUAUCGGUUGGGUUCUUUUCAACAUUCUCCAGCCGGCGUUGAACCAGAUCAACAGGAUGAGGAGUGUGAAAGGGAUUGCCAUUGGGUUGGGGCUCGGACUGGGCCUGAACUCAGCAACCAGUGCAUCAGCUGGAGAAGUGGCGAUGAUCGCGGAGGCGGCUUCUAGGGAUAAUAGGGGCCUGCUGUUGCUAGUUCCAGUGGGUGUGGCGAUUGCUUGGGUGCUGUUCAAUAUACUUCAGCCAGCGUUAAACCAGAUCAAUAAGAUGAGGUCUGGAUAGUUGAUUUGCUGUGUCUAUGGUAUCCUUUUAUUCUUCUUUUUGUUGGGUUAAAAGCGUUUUGUUAUAUAAUCGGGCUUUCAUUAUCCAGGUUCUGUAUUUAUGUGUGAUGCGAGUACUGUCUGUUUGCAGGGAAAUGUUGAUAUUUAUAUAAAUCUAUGAUGCAUAUUUCAGAAAUGAAACUAUAGAAUGAGAUGCUUUAGCUCA